AUUAAUUUCCCCCCCCCCUCACAAUCGCUGCUCCCUCCCUCCCUCUCGGUGGAGCAGGUGGUUGUUGUAAGUUGUCCGACAUUAUUUUUCAUUUUCGCGGUGCUUGCUUGCUCCCCGCACGCGUAGCGCCAAGAAACCCGCAAGCGUACUGAAGAAUCUUCCUAGCAGCUCUUGAGUUUUCGAUCCCGUCACUUGGCAUAGAAAAUGCACCCCAAUCACAUGCUUCCCCGAGUUAUUUAUUGAGCAGCGGGCUCCUCCUUCCCCGAUGCCGUUUUUCUGAUCAUUUCCUUUCAGGUGUAGAAGAAAGCAAAUGUCCCAGAUGUUGAAAUUUCGCACGACGAGAAGACGAGCCAGAGGAGAGGACUCAUCUUCUGCUGCUUCCUCUGCUGGUACCCGUCCCUCCAGACGAACUGAAAUGCGGCUUUAUCUCCACCGCAUCAAUGCGUUGGCGUUUGCGGCUGCGUUGUUUGAUUUGUUGGCGACUGAGACCAUGCUGCUGAAGAACAACAUGUGGACGACGUCGGGGCGCAUAGAGGACGGCAGUCAUAACUGUCACAACAUGGGCGGUGAUGAAACGGUAAAUGGGAACAUCUACUUCUUCCACUCGGAUGGAGCGACGAUAGAAGGGCCUGUUGUUGCGUCGACCGUGAUGUCUAGGAGUGCGACGUCCACCGCCAAAAUAUCUAAGAGUCCUCCACACGGGAGGCUAGCGACGCGCAGGAGUAGAAAUUCAAGCGACAAUGGAAGAUAUGGAGAAAGGAGAGGCGCCGAAUAUCACUCUGAUCUCUCAGUGGAGCCGAACCCGAUACAAAACCGGGGUCACGUCGUUCAUCACGGCUGCGUGUUUUCAAGAGUCCUCACCUCCAGUUUCUUCACACUAAUACAGCCUGCACAUGCACUCCAGGUCAAGUUGAAGACCUCGAAUAAAGCCGCUUCUUCAUCGAGGGAAAAAAAUCGCGUCUUCGGGAAGACAGUAAAAGGGCGUGUAAAAAUGAGCGAGGCGAAUAUGAGUGGAACACGGCUUCCAGAGAAAAAAAUUACGAAUCGCAGUGAAGAGCAGGUCGCGAAAAUGCUCGACAAAAAAGAGGAGCCGCACAGCAGUGGCAAGAUCGGCAGUGCUCCAGGAGAACCUGCCAAGGGGGCACACUCUAUACUGCCGGCAUCGAUGGGAGCGGAGUAUCAAAGACAACAGCGCCCCGCGGCCCCCAGAGCUGCUUUCAAAUAGUUCUACUUGAUACUGCAAAGCUUGUAUUGAAACUGGAGGUUCUACUGUAUGAAGCACGUCUGUUGCUGGCGUAUGCACGAUGGAGAGUGUAUUAGUUUCCCUCGUCGGGAACAAGCCUUUAUUGCAGUGCAAACGCUUCAAAGUGGAAGUUCUGGGGAGGUGGGGGCGUUUUUCGUCAUGAUACUUCGUACGCGGGAGCGUUCAGUCAAGAACCGGUACAUCAUGCCUCUUCGGGGGAGAUUCUACAGUUCGCAGCCCCACCAGUUGGUGAGGGUGGCGCCGGUGGUGCCUUGCCCGAGCACGCCGCUUCCCUGACACCGAGUAUCCGUUGGAAAAUGAGGAACCAUGCCGACUGUUGUCUCAUCAUAGCAUGAUAAAAACCAAACGCAGUUAAGUAGUUUAUUGGCAAAGAUUUUGUAAUAUUGCAUCGAUUUCUAUGCGUGAUACAUACGUGUUGCGGCUUGUCCUCCCUGAGGAACUGCCUAGGGUUCUUGAUGGGGAUGACUAGGUAGCUCAUGGCGUUCUUCGCGAGCUCACAUUCCAGAUGCUUACUUCAAUGUUGUGUUUUUCACGAACUUGGCCUUUGCAGGAGCGAGGCCGCCAGGAAACUAUGCUAUCUUUACUUUUUAGUACUAUGGUACAAGACGACCGAUCGUUGGACCACAUGGUUUCGACUCAUUUUCUCCUCGAUAGCGUCCGACGCCGACGGCGGCGAGCCGGGUCCAGCAGGAGGAGGAGGCGGCCGCACGUCAUCAAGCAGCAACAUUAACCAGCCACCAGGCUGCAUGAUCGGCGGCAGCGAGGAUUGCGGGGCGAUAUGCAUCGUGAUCCUGGUCUGCAUUCUCGUCCUGCUCAUCGCCGGCGUAACCGUUUGCGUCCUGGUUUGCUGGUGCGGCAAGGAGGUGUGCGGCUUGCGGUCCUGGUGUGGCCGCAACCCGGAAGAUCUAGCGUCUAUCGACGAUUACACUGAGGCUGAGGACAGCGGAGCGAACAGUGGACUGCGGACGCACGACCUUCAUCACGGAAGCUACAGACCAUCGGAAGGGUCGUCGAACACUGUAGGGGGUAGUUCCCCCCGGUCGUCCAAGACGAAAUUUCGGGAGUCGCACUUCGGGACGCCGCUCAGCGCCGGCAACGACCCAGUAAUUUCCUCGGAGUCACCAGCGAGUUCGGAUAGCGACAAACCGAACCGGCCCUCCGGCUUCUACAACCUGAGCCCCACCACGUCCUCGCAGACGAAGGAACAACAGGACGUUAGCAGCGCCGCAAAAAGUCACAAGAAGUCGGGCGCGCGCGGGGCCAAGAUAAAGCCGUAUAAUGACGACGGCGACGACAGCCACAUUAGCGCGGAAGCCAAUUCGAGUCUGAGCAAGCGGCGCGGAAAGAACAAGGGGACUUCGAAAGUGAGCAAGAGUAUGAAUGCCAGCGCUAACAGAGAGAGCAAGAGUAUGAAUGCCAGCGGCGCUAACUCCAGUCACAACAGCGGCGCUAACUCCAGUCACAACAGUAGCGACCACAGCAACAGCGGGUCCCAUGCGGGGUCCGGGGUAAAUACCUCCGGUUCGUUCAAUAAGUACACGUUGAACAAUAAAGCGGGAGGACAUAGUACUUCUAAAAGACAAUCACACAGCACGACGAGGAGCGGUGGUCAAAGUGUCUCGCGAAAGGACCCUAGUCGCAGCCCCUCGGAGCAUGAGACUACACAGCAAGACGUCAAGCACGGCCAAGGCACGCGGUAUGAACAACGCCGACAAAGAAGGGAGAUGAGAAAAAGAUAGACAGUUGUAUCCAGAUUUGAUGCUGGUUGCCGAAGACGAAAAAGGCGUACUCGUCUUGCCGCUUCAAAUUCUGCUCGCCGACGUAAAGAUACUUGUCUGCUAUUCAGAUCGUCGUGCUGACUGUAGUGGUUCUUCUAGCUGGUCGUAUGAAUAGUCCGCUUUAAAAAUGCAUGUGGUCUACUUAUUGCUUGAUUUGAAACUUCUACACGUACCUUAAAACAUUCGUACAAUUCAUUUCAUUUUUCUGCUGCUUAAAUUUUUGGCUCCAUUUCCAAUGUCUGGUUCUGAGAUCUUCAUGGUACAGGAGC